AUGUUUGUCCUGCGCAAUGUGGGCAAGCUGAUCUUCGGCUCGAGCGCCCAAGAGUCGCUCAUCGAGCUGCCCCAGGGCCAGCUGUACCUCGUUCGCCCGCUCUCGCCCAAGGGCUACUCGGAGCUCAUCUUCAAGGAUUCGGCCAUCCGCAUCCGCCGCACCAACCAAGACUUUCACUACCAGCUGGUCGUCCAGCGCGUCUUCGAGGAGGGCGAGGCCGAGCUGCUCGCCGAGGAAGAGGGUGACGACGCCGAGAUUGACGCCCUCGCCGCCGAGCGCGACGAAAAGACGUUUCUCCUCGACGAGGCGCUGCACUUUCGCGCCGAGUUCCGCGAGGGCGAGGAAAAGGUCUUGGCUUGGAGAGACCUGAGCGGCGACACGGGCGACGUCUACGAGUUUGUCUGCGACGCCCAGGUCUCGGAGUCGCAGGUCCAGCAGUUUGUGCGCGCCGCCCAGGAGUGCCAGUACGAGCGCAAGUACCGCAAGCCACACACCACCGCCGCCGACGACGACUUUGAGCAGUUUGAGUUCCACGAAGAGAACCCCAUCCCGCCCGCGAGCCCGAUCCACAGCCCGACCCUCACGCGAUCCAUCGAGUCCGUCGACGAAAUGUACAAGCAGCGGACGCCCGCCAACUCGUCGGCGAAGCGCACCGACGCUGCCGUCGUGGCUGACCCCGUCACGCCUGAGAAGCCCGCGGCCAAGGCUGCCCUGGCCACCCCAGAGGCGCCGCCGAAGCCCAUCGAGAUAUACGCCGCCGUCACCGCGGAGCUGCAUCUUUUCGAUCCGCAGCCCGGCCAUUUCGUCAUGAUGGACGAGUCGGUCAUCGCCACUGUAUCCGAGGUCGGACGGUGGGAGUACUGGCUGCAGAUUGACGGCAACGAAAAGUCGUGGCUGGGAACCCCCGUCGUCGCCGAGUUCAACCCCGUCUUCGACUUUGAGUACCUCUCCUUUGUCUUCAACCACUUCAGCAGCGACGGGUCUGCGAGGUCAUGGCUGCUUCGCUUCAAGGACCAGCCGACUCUCGAGAAGUUCCAGGAGGCGGUCAUGCAGGCGAUUUGGGAGAAGCUGAACGAGACGAAAUGGACCAAGAUCCAGGAGAAGGAGCGCGAGUACGUGCUCGACUCAUUCGCCGAUCUCAACAUGGACGACGCGCCGCCCAUCGAGGAGGAGGAGGAGGAGGAAGAGGUGGACGAGGAAGAAGACGAGGGUGUCCGCAGCGAAGAGUACGACUCGGAAGAAGAGGCAGACGAGGAGCGAAAGGAGGGCGAGGUCAACUCGCAGCUGGCUGUCGGCUACAAGCACGAUCGCUCGUUUGUGGUCCGCGGGUCCAAGAUCGGCGUCUUCUCCCACACUCCCGACAACCGCCUCAAGUUCUCCACCAACAUUUCCAAGGUCAUGACGCCCAAGGGCAAGCUCAUGAGCCCCAAGAAGGUCAUGCUCCACAGCGAAGAUCGAGACAUGAUCAUUCAGAACAACAUCGACCCCAACAAGCUCUACCGCAUGGACCUGGAGUACGGCAAGGUUGUGGACGAGUGGAACGUGCACGACGACAUCCCCGUCGUCAACUUUGCGCCGGAGAACAAGUUUGCGCAGAUGACUGGCGAGCAGACGUUCCUCGGCGUCUCCAACAACGCGCUGUACCGGGUAGACCCCCGUCUGGCCGGCAACAAGCUCGUCGAUGCGGACAUGAAGCAGUACGCGUCCAAGAACGACUUCUCCGCGCUCGCGACGACGGAAAAGGGUUACAUCGCGGUGGCCAGCAACAAGGGCGACAUCCGCCUCUUCGACCGCCUGGGCAUCCGGGCCAAGGCCCAGCUCCCCGCGCUCGGCGACCCCAUCACCGGCAUGGACGUGUCGGCCGACGGUCGCUGGAUCCUGGGCACGACCAAGAACUACCUCUUGCUCGUCGACGCCCAGCAAAAGGGCGGCAAGAACGAGGGCAAGCUCGGCUUCGAGAAGCCCUUUGCCGCCGACUCCAAGCCGCAGCCCAAGCGUCUCGCCCUCACGCCCGAGCACGUCGCGCAGUUCUACCACGAGACGGGCAAGCCCAUCUCCUUUACGCCUGCCAAGUUCAAUACGGGCGAGGGCACCGAAGAGACAAGCAUCAUCACGGCCACGGGUCCGUACAUUAUCGAGUGGAACCUGAAGCGCGUGCUGCGCGGUGUCAAGGGCGCGUACAAGAUCAAACGUUACGUCGAGGAGGUCAAGGCCGACGACUUCAAGUUUGGCUCCGACAAGAACGUCAUCGUCGCGCUGCCCAACGAGGUCAACAUGGUCGCCAAGCAGAGCCUGCGCAAGCCCACCCGCGAGAGCAUCAUCGGCGACGUCCGGCUCAGCGGCGGUGCCGGCGGUAGGAGGAGCUCCGCGCGCAUCGGCAACCUAGACAGCGGGCGCUACAAGCUCGGCAAGGACGACAUCGUCAACUCGCCGUACUGA